AUGACAAGCGACGAAGCGAUCAAGAUGUAUGAAGACAACCAAGGAUCAAUCGCUCUCGCCAAGAACCCGGAGUUCCAUAAGAGAACAAAACACAUCGACAUACGCUACCAUUUUGUGCGUGAGAAGGUGGAAUCAGGUGAAGUCGUUUUGGAGUAUUGCUCGACUCAAGAUAUGCUGGCAGACAUGACGAACAAGCCGAUCGCCGCUGUACAAUUUGAAAACAUUCGCGAUCGACUUGGGAUCCAAGGUGCCGCAGCUAACGAGUCGACUUGGGAUCCAAAGGGCGCCGCGAAAAAAGAGGAGGGAGUGUUGAAAAGACAGCGGCUGUGA